AUGAAGCCUGGCAGAAGUCGUUGCUCGCUUUACGAUCCGCGGUCAGAAGAAGAAGACUCAACCGAUGAAAACGAUCGAAUCGAGAUGUUCGAGCGAACAACUGGCACAAACGGGUAUCCCAUCCAAAACAUUGAUUUCCAUCCAUCGAAUUUUUUUGCUUUGGUGUCAUCGAAUAAACAGAAAUAUCUAUAG